AUGGCACUUUUUCAGAGAGGAUUCGUAAAUCCAGCUUUCAGUCCUGGUGGCCAGCCCGUCCCAGCUCCACCAGUGUAUGUCAUUCCAGUAGGCCAACCGCAGCACGGUCCCCCGCCGGCCUACGGAGGGCCUCCGCCCCAACACGGCCCCCCGCCGGGCUACGGAGGACCCCCGCCUGCCUACGGAGGUCCCCCGCCCGGGAGAGGAGGAAGCAGGGUCGCCCCCAGUAACGUAUGGCCGGAGCCAGCCAAACCACGGAAGGCUUGCAGCACGUGCGCCGUAGUCACCAUUGUCUUAGUCAUCGUGCUGGUCAUCAUCGCAGCUUUAGGUGCAGCAUUGGGCGUACUUUUAGCUAACAAUGCAGCCGCUCCGGUUAAGACGCACCUGUACCAGGGCUCUCUCCGCAUCACCAGCCGGGCCUACACACCCGACCUCGCCAACUCCGGGUCCGCAGCCUUCAGGGAACUGGCCGCCGAGGUGGAGGCUGGGCUGGACGCCCAGUACCGGAGUAGUGACCAAGGAGACACCUACAACAGCAGCACGGUAACGGAGUUCUCUCCAGGCAGCGUGGUGGCUUCCUACGUCGUUCGGUUCGUCUCCAGCUCUGCGCCGAGCGUACAGAGCGUGGGGGACGUCCUCUCCGACGUGGCCUACCUGGGUCUUCUGGACCUAGAUCCAACCUUCACUACCACCACGGCCGUUGAGGGAUGCAGCUCUGACCAGUACCAGUGCGUCUUUGACGGCAGCUGCAUUCCUACCUUUGCCGUGUGCGACGGGUUUUCGGACUGCCCAAUCUUGUAUGACCAAGCAGACGAUGAGCUCAACUGCGGUUGCCUCGAUUGGCAAUUUGAGUGUGACGACGGGUCCUGUAUCUUUUCCAACUGGCAAUGUGACGGAGAAAACGACUGUAGCAGUGGCUCAGACGAAUACGACUGUCACCUUACCUGUGGGCCGGAUGACUUCACUUGUACAGACGGGACCUGCAUCUUUGGGUCCUGGCGGUGUGACGCCUAUAGAGACUGUGCGGACGGCAGCGAUGAGGCUAACUGUGACAGCGUGGAUUGUGACGCCUACUACACCCCUUGUGCCGACCAGACCCAGUGUAUUUUAACACAGUGGCUUUGUGAUGGGGACAACGAUUGUAACGACGCCUCGGAUGAACAGAACUGUGGAGACAUCCUGACGUGUGAAGAGCAGGGUCUGUGGGAGUGUACUGACGGGAGAUGUAUCUCACCUCACUGGCUGUGUGAUGGCGACAACGACUGUACAGGCGCAGAGGACGAGGCUGGAUGCGAGGAGACAAAUCGAACCUGCGAUGGUGCCCAGUUCACGUGUUCGGACGGCGGCUGCAUUCCGAUUUCCUGGCUCUGUGACGCUUACAACGACUGUAACGGAGGGGAGGACGAGGAAAACUGCGCAGCUAGAACCUGUUCAGGCAUGGAGCACCAGUGUGAUAGCGGGGCAUGCAUCCCGAUUUCCUGGGUCUGUGAUCACGAGCCAGACUGUCCUGACGGGGACGACGAACAAGUCGACUGUGUCGCUCCCACAGCAGAGCCAGUCCCCGGAGUAGAGGACACCAAUCCUGACAUCCUGGAGGACAAUUGUGAAGGGACAAUGAAGUUCUGUUAUGACUCCGCUGGGACUUGCAUCGCAGCCCUUGCUUGGUGCAACGGUGUGCCCGACUGCCCAAAUGAAGCAGACGAAUUGUUCUGUGGAUGCGGAGAGAGGCCAGUUGUGGAUGGAGGUGGCAGAAAGAAACGCGCGAAACCUCGCAUCGUGGGGGGUCAGAAUGCCGCACGGGGGGAGUUCCCUUCCCAGGUGUCUUUGCACGUUUCCGGUUACGGGCAUGUCUGCGGGGGGUCUCUGGUCAACAACAAGUGGGUCGUCACCGCAGCACACUGCGUGGUAGACGACCCGAACCCACGUGACUGGACGGUCUACCUGGGUCUACACAUCCAGGGAGAGACCAGCUCACGGGUGCAGGUCUAUGACGUGGAGAGGAUCAUCUAUCAUGAUAGAUACGACUAUUGGCGGACUGAUUUUGACAUCGCGUUGAUGGAGCUUGACGGGACGGUAGAGUAUGACGAGGACGGGUACGUCAGACCAGUCUGCCUGCCUGAUGACGACAACGUCUUCACUUCCGAAUCCGACUGUACCAUCUCCGGCUGGGGGACCAUGUACGAGGGAGGUGACACCGCUACUGUCCUCCAGGACGCCGAGAUCCCUCUCGUCCCCAGGUCAGUGUGUAAUGACGCAGACCACUACGACGGGAGAAUCACGACCAGGAUGAUUUGCGCGGGACAUGACGAAGGAGGGGUAGACUCCUGCCAGGGUGAUUCCGGAGGACCACUCAGCUGUGAGGACACAGACGGCAAGUGGUACCUUGUGGGCGUGACCAGUUGGGGAGAGGGGUGCGCCAGACCAAACAGACCUGGGAUCUACGCUGACGUCAACCACUUUAGAGACUGGAUCUUUAGCGUUAUCGUGCACUAUACAGACACAGACUGAGUUAUUACUCCGGGAAGGAGGUCAUGACCUCCGGACGGAGUAUUGUGGGAAGUCGUUUUUUUUCUUGUUCGCAGGUAGAUCACAGGGAUCCCUUGAUGUUAUACGUCGUCUGCAGGCAUGCCCUUGGUGAAGCACGUAUUUUUAUUUUUACCGUAGCUGUUUUCGUGGUCAAUGUAAUAUUUUUUUUUCAUUCUCAAAACACGUCAAUUCGAUUCCUUCGAUUUCGUUUUCUUUUGUUUUGAUUGGUAGAAAUUUAAUGGAGCUGUGAAUAGACUGUGGGGUCGUGUGGCGUAAC